AUGCUUGGCACUGUCUUGCUUUCGGCCGCGGCGUCGUUCGUGCUGUAUACUGUCUGGAGUAUACUCCAGCGUGUAACCAAACCGUACUUCUCGGCACUGAAGAACAUCCCCGGUCCGCCCAGCCCGAGUUGGCUGUAUGGCAAUAUCCGGGAAAUACUGCAACAGGAGGCGGGGGUGCAGGUCGAGCAAUGGGUGGAACAGUACGGACAUGUGUUCAAGUUCAAGUGGGCGAUGAACGCUGAUCGGCUCGUUCCUGUGGAUACGAAAGCCCUACAUCAUAUUCUGACCCAUUCAUUUGACUACCAGAAACCCAAGGAUGCCAGUAGAAAUAUCGCGCAGAUUUUUGGCUAUGGCUUGCUUGCUGUAGAAGAGGAGGAACACAAACAACAGCGCCGCAUAAUGAAUCCAGCUUUUGGCCCGAUGCAUCUCCGGGAGAUGACAAGUAUCUUCUUCGAGAAAGCCAUCCAGCUCCGAGACAUUUGGCUAGCACAAAUACCUGCUUCCGGAGAACCCGCAAUGUUCGACGCGCUGUCUUGGCUCAGCAGGAUGACCUUGGACGUCAUCGGACAGGCUGGAUUCGGUUACGACUUCAACGCGCUGAACCCCGACUCGACGCCAAAUGAGCUUAACCAAGCGUUCGCAACCAUCUUCCAGGGCAGCCAGAACCGGCACCGGCUGUUCGUGCUCAACCAGAUUCCGUUAACCAACCUGAUCCCUACUGAACGGCGCAGACGCAUUGCUGAAGCCAGGAGGACGAUGGACAGGAUCGGCAGGCGGCUCCUUGAGGAGAAGAAGCGGGCUGUGCGAGAGAGCACUGGCGCAGGCGGCAAGGUCGAGAAGAAGGCGUUCCAGGGCCGCGAUUUGCUGAGUCUCCUGGUGAAGGCGAAUAUGGCGGAAGAUAUUCCGGAGAACCAGCGGUUGACCGACGAUCAGGUCCUGGCUCAGGUGCCGACGUUCAUGAUCGCUGGCCAUGAGACAAGCAGCACGGGCGCCACCUGGUGUCUGUAUGCCCUCAGCCGGGCCCCGGACGCCCAAGUCAAACUGCGCGAAGAGCUCCGGGGCGUGUCGACGGACACACCCAGCAUGGACGAGCUGAACGCACUGCCGUACCUCGACGCGGUCAUACGGGAAAUGCUUCGCAUCCAUGCACCCGUCCCGAUGACCGCGCGCGUCGCGAUGAAAGACGACGUGAUCCCACUCAGCAAGCCGUUCGUUGAUCGUUAUGGGAAGACGCAGGAUGUUAUCCGUAUAUCGAAGGGUGAUUCCAUCGCGGUCCCGAUUCUGCAGAUAAACUGCUCAAAGGAGAUAUGGGGCGAAGAUGCAGGGGAGUUCAAACCAGAGCGAUGGCUCAAGGACUCUGUCCCCGAGGCUGCACACAAUGUACCCGGGAUCUGGGGCAACAUCCUGACAUUUCUAGGCGGCCCGCGCGCGUGCAUCGGCUAUCGCUUCUCCUUGGUCGAGAUGAAGGCGAUUAUAUUCACCCUGAUCAGAGCGUUGGAGUUCAGCCUUGCUGUUCCGCCGGAGCAGAUUGGGAAACGGCAGGUGAUCGUGACCCGACCUGUUGACCUCGCGGAUCCGGAGAAGAAGAACUGGAUGCCACUACUAGUUCGACCGGUGAAGCAGUGAAACUCGGUCUUGUGCGGUGCGGAUGCGGGCUGGGUUGGCCAGUGUUCUGUCUGUCUGAAUUUUGCGCGAAUCCGGCUUCUGCUCUAUUUUUGAUCAUAUCUUUCACCUGAAGUUUCGGAUUAUUCUGAUUAUUCGUAAUUGAAGAGAUCGUAGAUGGAUACAUCCUUAGGUUGUAUCGAGAGAAGGUGAAUGGAGGCACCUGAAGCUUGAGGACCCGGAAUGAGC